CAUUUCUAAUUCAUUCUAUUUGGCUGGAAAUUUUGUUGAAGCACUCCCCGAUCUUCUCACAGUGGUCACUGGAAGCGCCGCCAUGGAAGCUCCAGUCAGGGCAUUUCGUCCCUGCGUUCUUAAUCGCCACCUCUUCACAAAGACAAUUCCUCAAUCGCGCCUCGUUUCAUUUCCUGAAUCUAAUCGGACCGCGAUUUUGCGGCAAUCUUCAACCUAUUUCCAUUUCCCUCCUCGGAAGUGCCUCGGUCUCAAAUUUUCACUCUCACUCAAUCUUUCUCAUUGCUCUUCCUCGUCCUUUGGAUCCACUGCAUCUUCUAUUGGCUCCAGCGCUUUUAAUUUUCUUUCUUCUUUACCCUCAUUACAAUCUUUGGGGUCUCAAUUCGCGCCUGAUUACUCCAAUUCGUUUCUAUCUGACUCGAACGGCAGUGCCUGGACUUGGAAUCGAGCUUCAGACAGUGCAAUUGGAAACAACGUGGGGGCUUUGGGGGGCGAAAAGGGAGAGGCGACUGUUGUGUUGUUAGGUUGGCUUGGGGCAAAGACUAAGCAUCUGAGGAGGUACGUGGAGUGGUACAAUGCGAGGGGUAUCAACGCCUUGACGUUUGUGCUUGAUCCGAGAGAGUUUCUUUGGUUCGCGUUGAGUCGAAAAGUUGAGCAGCGGAUUUCGGAUUUGGCAACUGAACUCAUUUCUUGGUUAUCAGAUGGGGAAGAGAAUCAUAAGGAUCGGCGCCUGAUUUUUCACACUUUUAGCAACACGGGCUGGUUUGUAUACGGAGCCAUUCUUGAAAUUUUGCAAGGGCGGGAAGAUUUGUUGGAGAAGAUUAAAGGGUGCAUUGUUGACUCUGGAGGAGGGGAUCCGUUGAAUCCUCAGAUUUGGGCAGCUGGGUUUUCUGCAGCCAUUCUCAAGAAAAACAGUUCUUCUACAUCUCCAAUGGUUAGUGGAAAGGAAAUAGACAAGAAACCUCUUGUAUUGGAAACCUUUGUUCUGUCAUCAUUGGAGAAUUUUUUCUCGGUUGCUUUGAAGUUUCCCGACGUCGACAAGAGGUUGAAGAAGAUUGUUUCACUUCUUACAGAGUACCAGCCUUCGUAUCCUGAGCUUUAUCUGUACAGUUCAGGAGAUAAAGUUGUACCCUUCGAGUCAAUCGAGCUUCUUAUCGAGAAGAGGAAGAAGACAGGAACGAAGGUUUUGUCGUACAACUUCGGCUCGUCACCGCAUGUUGACCACUACAGGACGUACCCUGAUAUAUACUCAUCACAGCUUCACAAAUUCUUGGUAGAGUCUUUUGCUUCAUAGGUUGCACAUGGCAGAUGGGAGCGUUUGGAUGAAAUUUAGAAGGAAAUGAUAUCAUUUCACUAGAGCAAUGAUUGGAUUAGCUAACGCUUUUAACGCUUACAUUUGCAGAGACUGCUAAUAGUUCUCUGCUCAUACAGAAAUACAUAGAUUUCAGACACACUUGUUAGCUGUGACUUGUGAGACAAUUCAAAUAGGAUGAACAGCGUAAUGAAAAUAAAAGCAGGGUCUUUGUUACUCGAAUAGAA